AUCAGAACGGAAAGGGUGCAACAUACGCAGCAAUGAAGACACAAUUUGUAUAAAAAGUUUGCCUGGUUUGUUUUUUGAAUCAGUCGUGUUCAAAGCAGAUAACUGAAACAAAUAAAAUAUUUAACACUGGUUAACAGAAUGUCCAUCAAAUUGGCUAUUAUCGCUUCGCUGAUAGUGAUUGGCGUUUUCUCCGAUCCUGAGCCCAGCCACUAUAAAGCUCCUCCUCCCUACGGUGCCCAGCCAAAGUACGAAUACGUCGAGAUUCCGCACUGCGCCAAAAACACGACCAAGUCCUGGUGCCUGGAAGACUCUGAAUAUCCCCAACACGAAGUGCAACAAGCCCUGGACCAACACUACCAAGCCGUCGUAGCUUUCUACAAGGACAAACUGGCCAACACUGAGAAUUCAGUCGACGGACUGGACAAGUUGAACGACGAGGUUUACCUUUGCCCGAGUUCCACCGAUUACGUCCGUCCUUUCCGGGCCAUCAACGUCGACGGCAAGUGGCGGACCAUCGUCAACGGCGUCGAGUCUUACGGCAUCAAGUACACGCAAACUGCUCGAAUUGAAGAAUGCGACGUGGUCGUGGGCACCACCUGCCCCUUGGUCCCGUCCUGCUACGAGUCCAAGUGCGUCCAGAAAAAUAUUUUCCAUCGCUUCUUGGUCUACAACCCAAAAGACUACACCUUCCCUUUCGCCAUUGAAAAAUUCAAGUUGCCCGGAUCGUGCGGAUGCGUCGUUGGAGCUUUUCACCUUUAAAGUUUAAAUUAUGACUACAUAAAUAUCACAAUAAAGAAUAUGGAUUUUUGCUACAUAA